AUGGCAGAACAAAACUUGUCCUAUACCCCACCACGAUUACCAAAGUCAAUCAAGUCAGCUGAUAGAUCAAGCGAGAUCUAUAGCAAACUGGAAAACGAAUAUGAAAUGCUAAAGCAAUUACGAGCAGUAUGGGUUGAGAAACUAGGACACUUAAAAAAACAACAUGAUAUACUUGUAAGAAUGCAGAAUGUAACAGAAGAACAAGUAAAAGGUGUCAAUUCCUUAUACUCAACAGAACUAGACAAUGAUGAUGAUACGACAAUAACAACCAUCACACAAAAUGAUCAUUUAGAAAAUGAAGAAAGUGAAGAAGAACAAGAAGAGGAUGAAGAAGAAGCCAGAAGAGCCUUGACGCUUAUGUUGGAAGAAUUCGGAGAUGAUAUGUUUAUUGACAAAGAGGAUAACUAG